AUGUUGAAAAUACGUGAACUACAAAGAAAGAGACAAGAAGAAGAAGCAGCAAAAGCUAAACUUAAUAAUUCAGCACAAACCACCAAUUCAUCAAAUUCAUCAACCACAACAUCAUCAAAAGUAAGUGCAGCACAAUUAAGAGUUCAAAAAGAUAUAUCAGAAUUAGAUUUACCAAAAUCAAUAAAAUUAACAUUUCCUCAAACACAAGAUUUUUUCAAUUUUGAUUUAAAAAUUAUACCACAAGAUGGAUAUUAUAAACAAGGAACUUUUAAAUUUAAAAUCGAAAUUUCCCAAAAUUUCCCCAUUGAACCACCAAAAAUCAAAUGUUUAAAUAAAAUAUAUCAUCCAAAUAUUGAUUUAGAUGGAAACAUAUGUUUAAAUAUUUUGAGAGAAGAUUGGUCACCUGUUCUAAGUCUUAAUUCAAUAUUAAUUGGUUUAAAUUUUUUAUUUUUAGAACCUAAUCCUAAUGAUCCUUUAAAUAAAGAAGCUGCUAAUAUGUUAGUAAAAGAUAAAAAACAAUUUGAAAGAAAUGUUUAUAAUUCAAUGAGAGGUAGUUAUAUAUCACUGACUCAAUAUGAUCGUGUAAUUUAA